AAGAAUGAAAAGAAUGUGUAGCCAAUAACCAGAAAAAAAAGAUGAAGACGAUAAAAUUCCUUAGCUAAAUGAAUGAACGAGUGAAUCCUUUCUUUCUCGUUUUAGUCGCGUCUAUCAAUGAUAAUUUUGAAGAAUCAUGAAUGGGUAUAAAAAUCACAUUCACCAUUUCAUUUGAAUGUCAAUGUUUGAACAAAAAAAAAAAAAAAAACACGAUGGCUGCUAUUUGUAAAUCAUCAUCAUCAUCAUCAUUUCUGUUGAUAAAUUGUAUUCUAUUGAUCACAUGCGUUUUGGCUAAUGAUGAUGAAUUUGGUACACGACCAUUACGUCUGAAACGAUUUAUUAAAAGUCGAUCCACUACUACUACAACAACAACUACGGAAGCACCUGAUCCUAUUGAACAAGAAAUUGAUGAUGAUAUUCCAGAUGAACAAUUUCCACCAUCAUCAUCAACGAAUAAUACAAAUGAACCGAUUUCAAUUUCAGUACCAGAUUGUGGUCGUACAAGAUUUUUCUCUAUCGAUCGUAUCGUAAAUGGACGGCCAGCAUCACCGGGCCAAUUUCCAUGGCAAGUUUUUUUGCGUAUUUCCACCCGAGAUGGUGACAUGGUUUGCGGUGGUUCGAUUAUUAGUCCACGAUGGAUUCUAACUGCUGCACAUUGUGUUACCAGUGAACAAACCGGAUCAUAUUCAGCACAAGCUGUUGAAGUUGUUGCCGGUAGUUUGAUUCGUGGUGGUCAUGGAGACUCACGACGUAUUUCACGUAAUGCUGAUUGUGCAUUCAAACAUCCUGGUUGGCGUGGCGUACGUGGUCAAUUCACCAAUGACAUUGCAUUGAUACGAUUGCCGAAAAAUAAUCCAUUACGAUUAACAUAUCAAAAAGGUGGAAAUAUCAAUGCAAUUUGUUUACCACCGAAACGUUCACCACCAUUUGAUUAUCGUGGUGCGGCACGUGUUGCUGGUUGGGGAUUAACACGUGAUCGUGGUGUAUUGGCACGUACAUUACAAUAUACAGAUAUUAAUGUCAUUUCAGAUAGUGAAUGUCGUCGAUAUCAAUAUCCGGUGAAUAUUGCCAAUUCAAUGGUCUGUCAAGGUGUUGAGAACAGUGCACCAUGUCAAGGUGAUUCUGGUGGACCAUUAAUUAUUCGUCAAGGUAAUCAAUAUGUACAAUUUGGCCUUGUUUCAUUCGGUCCUGGUAUCUGUAAUAAUGGUCGUAUACCAAACACAGUGUUUACACAAGUUUCUUAUUAUCUUGAUUGGAUUGAAAAUACAAUUCGACAAUUUGAAAAUCGUGAUCAAUGUCGAUGAAUUAAAUGAAUGUAAUUGAUUGAUUGAUUGAUUAUUGAAAUAAUUG